UGUGAUUCUCCCGCCACUGGCAACAUAUCCACUUUGGUUUGGCGCAAGUUAGCAUCCUGCCUGGAUCUGCAACAAACAUCCUCCUCUUCUUCUUCAAAACCCCAAAUAAAUAAAUCUCCAUGAGAAAACCUUCUACUUCAAUGGCGGACGCUAUCGAUUUCUCCAAGACACACCGCAUUGUUCUUCUCAUAGACCUCAAUCCAUUACUUCAAAACCCUAACCCUAAUUUCCUCACCUCCCUUCUCGCUACCUCGAAGAUCCUUCUAUCCUUCCCUUCGCUUUCUUCUUCACUUUUCUCCUUCAAGUUCUUCUUCUCUUCUCUCUCCACUCUCCUCUCUGCAUCUACACUCCACCGUAUACUUCCCCAUCAUUCUUCCGCUUCUCUCUCCUUCAAUUCCCCUUCACAAACCCUAGAUUCUCUUUCCAACACUCUCAGUUCUAUAUCUGUUUCAAAAUUGCCGUAUUCCCCUUCGAAUUGCUCGCAUACAGCCGCCUCUCUGCUUCAGCUCCUUCGCGGUCAUGACUGGGAGUCUGAUUUUGAGAAUGUGUCUGGUAAGUCUUAUUGUGAUCCUGUGGAUAUUCGAUCGAAUUUAAUUAUAUUGUUGUCUCCGGUUUGUAGAUCGUCGAAAUCAUUAGCGGAGUUUAUGUGUGUUGAUGUAAGUAAUAAUUGUUUAGAUGGUUGUCGAAGGAGAUUUCGUGAUUGCUUUCGUGCUGUUAGUGAUGCGUUUAAUGGUAAGGAUAUUCAGUUUUGUUGGGUUGAUGUUUGUAGCCAUGUAGAGGAACCGGAAAUUAGUGAGUCUGAUUUUAUCCAGAAUGAGAUUAGUAAAUUUGGUUGGGGAUUUUGUUCAGCUGAUUUCAUCGUUCUAGGUUCUGCUCUUGUUUCUUUUGGGUUGAUCUAUCCAAAUAUUGCGGUGUCAUCUAGGUUAAUAGAUUCUUGUAGAUUAGAUAAGAGGGUCCUCGGACAAUUAGAACUUGAAAUUUUGGAUGUUAGUGGUAAGCCUUUAGAGUGCAAGUUCUGUGACCUUGAAUUGCUGCGUUCGAAGGCAUCGCCUAAGCCAAGAUUCAAUGGCAGUACUAAACGCCAGGAAGUUGGGAGCUUAAAAGCUCAACGUCUCAAUUCGUUGAACACGUUUCUUGGUAGUUUCAAUGAUGAGAUUAUGAAAUUGCACAUCACAUCCGUUCAGAAGCAUACCGAGUAUGAACAUGUUGGAGAAUCUUCCUCUAACUUUAUCUUAGUUCAAUCUGCAGAAUCUGGCCAAAAAGGGAAGGAUGGUUUAGACAAUAGUUUUACUGACAGGGUUUUUGAAUUACUUGCUGGAGAAAAAUCUGAGUUAUUUGCGAAACAUACUGUUCCAACUUGGCAGAUAUUUCUUAGUUUUUUGUACAAGGAAGGUUAUUGGGCUUUGCUAUCGUUAUCUAACGGUAAAGGGGAUUCUUACAUGGGAAUUCUCAAACCCUUCACAAUUCAUUCAGCCGUCCUUUCACUUGUAGAUAAUAACCAUAAUUUAGUUCAAAAUGCUUGUGGAACGAAUCUUCUCAUCAAUAAGAAUGUUUCUCAAGUUGACAUAGAUCCUCAAAUGAGCGUUUUUCCAUUGGGAAAAUAUGGUCAUGUAGGUGAUGGAAAGAGAAGAAAGAUGAAAAAACAUAUGUAUCGGGAGCUCACAUGGAGCUCGUUCUGUAAGGCAGCGUAUGAGUUUUUGGAUGUGGACUUAGCAGAGAUUUACUAUUCUUAUGGAAUGCAAAAGUCGAAGACGUUAAAGUUUCUAAAAUGCUGGAUGAAAGAAGUGAAAAAACACAGAUUAUCUUUAAACAACACGCCACCUGGACCAUGCCAAACGGGUCCAGAUUUAAAUCAACAGAAAGAAACAGAUAAAAAUAAAAACUUUGCUGCAAAUGCAAACUAUCAAGAAAGCGAUGAACCUUUUCAAAUGCAUAUCUGUUCUGAUAAGUCAAGAAUGCAGGAUGAUGAUGCUUUAGUAUCAUGUUCGGAAACGUCAGAAUCAUUUUUCAGGGAUUUACCUAAGAAAAUUCAACAUGGGGUUGAGUCUAUUGGAGUUGACUUAAAGAUCUUGGCAGAGAGACUUGUAAGUUCAUCCCUUUAUUGGUUACAUAAAAAGCACGAAACCAUGAAAAAUCUUGAUGAAUCUUGCACCAUUGAAGUUGCUGAAAUCAUUAAGCUAUUGCUGUGCGAGCCCCAAGAUAUGAAGGAACAUAAAGAUUAUAAUUCAAGUUCUGCCUCAGAAUACCUAGUCCGAGAAUAUGAAUUACAAAUUUUGCUACGGCUGGAGAUACUUCAGUCAAAAUAUGUACGAGGUAUGAAGGGAUCUAUGAGGAUGAAACUUGUGAAACAAAUUUGCUCUCUUUUGGAGAUCAUUCAGUACCUUGUGGAGGGAGGCUUUCAUGGUGAUUUGAGUCUUUAUGAUUAUGUUGAGAGAACCAUAAAAUCAAGUAUAAGUUUCAGGUAUUCAAAGAAUCUCGGAGACGUGAUAGACAAGAUCUAUGAUCAAAUGGACCUCUUGCCAUUUGGUGAAGAAAAUGAAGAUCAAGCUCUCAUGAUUAACGAUGAGGAUAGCAUUCAAUCUUGGAGAGAGAAACAUGAAAGAAAUGACAUGUCAGCAAGUAAGAUGAUUCAAGAUUCAUUAUCUGUAGAAGUCGAAUCUUGUCAUCUACUUGAAAAGGUCAACACAAGUCGUGAAGGUCAAACGAAAGAGGACCAUGCCCGAAUGUUAAAUGAGGCUCGGGAGAGAAGAGAGAGGGCUAGAAGGUUUGCAUAUUUCACAAGGCGAAUGCCUGAUUUGCAGCGUGUUUGGGCUCCGAAGCAGUCAACGGCCAUGAAAGUCAAACCCGAGCCCAAAAGGAAGAAACAGAUGGGGGUCAGUUAUAGUGUUGUUUGUGAGACUCCAUUUGGUAACAAACCUUCAUGUCCUACUGGACAAAAUAAAAGUGAACGGGCUACACCAGUUUCCAAGGCGUUAUUUCAAGAUGACAGGUGAACUAAUAAUGCAAAUCAAAUGAUUACUAAUCAAGCCUGACCAUUAUUAGAGGAGACAGAACAAGCUGAUGGUGCUCAAAGUUAGUCAUAUAUGUUUUAUAUUAACCUUUUUCUUUUGGUUGUAAAGUAUUGAAUUAUAAGGUUAAUACAAAUUUUUAACCACCAGUGUCUGUUCUGUUUGGUAACUCACAUGUGAUGUCCAGAAUCCAGACUAAAGGUUAUGUUUUGUAAGACAGGACAAAAAGCUAGCUUGAACCGUUACUGUCCGGUUUUACUGCUUCA